AUGAGUAGGAAGAGAUCAAAAAAAAUGUCUGCCACUCUCGCGAACUGCUAUGUGGACGCCGCAGCGGCGCAGGAGCCGGACGACGCGUACGCUUCUCGGUUUAUUCAGGCUCCGCACACGGUGACCCCGAGGCCGCCGGGUGCCACCGGGGACAACGCAGACUUCUCAUCGUGCAGUUUUGCGCCAAAGUCGGCCGUCUUCUCGUCCCCUUGGUCCUCGGUGCACCCGCAGGGGAUUUACCACCCGUACGUGCACCACCACCAUCACCACCACCAUCACCAACAGGAUAGCAGAUACGUCCGGUCCUGGGUGGAUCCCGUCUCCAACCAUGUCCCGUUUGCAGGAUUUUCCUCCGGUACCACCACCAGCAGCAGCAGCAGCAGCAGCGGCGGUGGGCGCGCGUACGGCGGCGCAAAGCCCGACGUUUUACCGCCGAAAAGCACAGAAGCCUUCGAAGACGAACCCCGCCAGUACGCGCCGGAGUGCGAGGAAAAAGCGGCCAAACAACACGCUGGAAGUGACGUUUCGAGUCACGGCGAGCUGAAAGAAGAGAAACAACAACUUGACCCAAACAACCCCGCAGCCAACUGGAUUCACGCACGCUCCACGAGGAAGAAGCGGUGCCCGUACACCAAAUAUCAGACUUUAGAGCUGGAGAAGGAGUUCCUCUACAACAUGUACCUGACCAGAGACCGGCGCUACGAGGUGGCGCGCAUACUCAGCCUGACAGAGAGACAAGUCAAGAUCUGGUUCCAGAACAGACGCAUGAAAAUGAAGAAGAUGAACAGAGAGAGGAGCGCAAAGGAGUGAAAAGGAUUUCAGCUUAGACUUAUUUUAUAGAAGCUGCCGUAGAUUUGCGGCUUUUAGAGGUCUUAUUACGCACAUUGUUUUUCACACCUCGGGUGAGUUUUUAUAUAUAUAUAUAUAUAUAGACACAAAAUCUCAAUUUGUCUCAUGUGUUGCUUAGAAAAGAAAAAGGAAAAUUACCCAGCAAUUAAACACCCCGAACACGCCUGUAUUUGGAUUGACGGAACUGAUAUUUAUAAGAAUUUAUCCAAUUGUUUCCCCCACACACAUGAUUUAAAACACACAGAAGAUAUAGCCAGAAUUCUCCAUGAAUAACAUAUUCAACUGUGUUCAAAGCGACCUGGAAUUAAUUUAUUUUAGGACAUUUAUUUUUACGCAACUCAAUUCCCUGCAUCCCCCGAGCAUUCUUUGAAUAAUUAAAAAAAAAAAAAAAAAACAUUCCAGAUGAAAUUGAAAGGGAUUUUAAUAUUUUAAAAGCACAAAUUAAGCUUCUGCAUGUUGAAGUCCACUGAUUUUACGUGCGACUCGGAUGUACAUGUCAUAAAGUGUUUACGAUUGGGAGAGGUGGCGCGCGCAUUUUCAAUUUAUUGUCCAUCUUGUAGGUAUAAUGACUAAAGCAGGAAGAAACGCGCUCCAAUAAAGCUAUAGAAAUGGCUAGACGUCUGGCCUAAAUGAGUUUAUGGUCCUGGCAGGUAAUUACGCUUCCUUUUGAAAGUCUUUUCAUACCAACACAGACACUUUUGUGCAGGGUGUCUGCUCGAUGAAUUGUCUCAGAGGAAAUCACCCCCACCACCACCACCUUAAUGGUCACGUUUAUUCAUCAACUCCAUUUCCCAGCGAUGGGAAAACUUCACUUUGACUGAUACGUCCUUUAAUUUCAAUUUCACCACAAUUUCCCUCAUCUGAGAGCAACUCACCGCCACGAUAUUACAUUUGUUUUUAUUCAUAUGUCUUCUGUGAAAUUGAAAUUCUAUUUGAAAAUUUAAUUUCCCCCCCAUUAACGUUCAGAAAUAUUGUUAAGAAGCUGAAAUGAUUAGUGUUUAUCAUCAGUAUCGCCUUUGUUAGAGAGAUAUUGUGAGCGCUAGAGGGCGAUGUUGUUCUUUUGUUUACAGUUAAUACGAACCUCAUCAUAAAUAAUCCACGAGUGGAAAGAAUGGAAAAAAAAAAAUAAGACAAUUAUCAUUUAAAGUUAAAUGUUGUAGCUUUGACAUUCAAAAUAAAUAAAUAAA